AUGGAACCGCACAUGGUCCCGGACAUGGAACCGUACAUGGUCCCGGACAUCGUGCCGAAGUCGGCCCUGGGCAUGGAACCGGCGCUGGAUGCAUCCGACAAGACGAAGAAGAAGGAAGGAGGCAUCACUGACAUGAUGAUCUCCAUGAAGAAGUCGCGGUGCGUGACGCUCACUGUGCGCGUGGCACUUGGUGUACGCGAGGUACCCCUAGUGCACGCGACACUACUUGUACACGUGGCACUUGAGGUGCACGAGGCACUUAUGGCUGUCGUGGUCCUGUAUGGACUGUGUGCCAUGCGGUCUUGCACGCACAUCGGCCUGGUGUUGGUCGCCGCGACGCAGGAUGCGAUCGCCGGUGACGGAGGGCAAUACACCCCACCCCACGAUGAAGUACCCUUGCGGUACCCUGGUGUCGAAGGAAGACACCUUAGCGUCGGCGACGUGGUGGCCGUGACGCGCUGCAGGGCUUUAGACAAGUCCGCCGCGUUGCUCUGUAUGAUGAGCGGGUUGCUGGAAGCAGCCAUGUCGAGCCGACGUAUUCGGCCGACCGGCACACCGUGCUGUGACGAGCGGGGCCCUGUCGGGCCACUGUCAUGGCCGGAGAUGAGCAGCACAGCUCUCUCCAUGGUUACGCUACGCGCUGACCGGAAAGGUGCUGUCCCUCGCGGGAGGCACUGCAGCACGAACGUGCCAGCGGGGCCCGACGGCCAUGCGACGCCAACUGCUGGUUGUCUACGAGGGACACCGCAAGUUUGGAGGCACAUGCAUCCCGUGCCGAGGCACUCCGCGCCUGCUAGCGCUGUGAACACGGCCACUAAACACGUCGGCUUCGCGGCCAACAUCGCCGAGGGCAAGGGGGUUCCGCGCGGGGUGCCCGCUGCGGGCACAAGUCACUGUGGGCGUGACGAUGAGGCGCGCCCGCCUUGCGGCGGCAGCGCCCGAGAAUCCGACCUUUGGGUGUUCGGAUUCUCUCGAAGCUGA